AUUGACACAUUCUUGAAAGACGAAUGGCUGAGAUAUCUGGCCACUGAAAAGGCGUGCCCUGGAAGAAAGAAAGAGUGAUCGUGUGCAUAACCAGGAUCUUCCACAGCGAAAAGGCAGUCUUGCUAAUGACAGCAACUCCAUCCGGCGGUCAGCCUUUUGGCGACAGCAUCAUCCAUUCUGGCCCCGUCGACUUUACCCAACCCAUAAACUAUAGCAAUCUCAAGGGAAAAACGAUAAUCAUCACUGGGGGAGCCUCUGGAUUCGGAGCGGCGUGCUUUGAGGAAUGGGCAAGGCACGGAGCCAACGUGGUCAUUGGCGACAUCAACGAGAAGGCUGGGAGGGAGUUGGUGGCUCGGAUCCGACAGCAGACCAACAAUUUGAAUCAUCAUUUCAUUGGUCUGGAUGUGACGAGCUGGGCAAGUCAAGCUGCAUUCUUCAAACAAGCUGCUUCGCUGAGUCCACACGGUGGGAUUGAUCAUGUCAUGGCCAACGCUGGGGUCGCCCCUGCCACGGAAAACGAAUUCUUCGAGGAACCGCCGGACUACUCGACCAUGGAAAACCCGCCGCCACCGCUGCAAAAGACGGUGGACAUCAAUCUGAACGGUGUUUUGCUUACCACUCAUCUGGCCCUGGCCUACCUAUCGCGGAAUCCGCAGAGUCAGAGGGUCAAGCUGGGACAGCACACCGGAGAGAGAGAUCGGCAUUUAAUUUUGGUGGCGAGCAUCGCGGGCUUGACUGGAUUGGCUACGCUUCCCUACUAUGCAGCGGCCAAGCACGGCGUCGUAGGCCUCUGGCGGACAUUGAGAAUGACCACUCCCAUCAAACACGGGAUCCGCGUCAAUAUGAUCAAUCCUUAUUUCGUCGAUACACCUCUACUGGGGGUAGCAGGCAAUUUGAUCAUGGCGGGAGGUGCAAUGGCAGACAAGGACGACGUGAUGGAAGCUGUGACAAGACUAGUUGCCGACCAGGGUAUCAUUGGACGUGGUUUGUGCAUAGGACCUAAAGCAGGACCUGGGAUUGCGGAGCAGGCUGGACUGAGUCCCAGCGUGGAAAACCAAGCCAUUUGGGAUGCUUGUGCUGAGGACUUUGAACAGACUGACAUCUUUACACGCAGACUAAUCGGAGUGACGAAUUUAGUGACGACCGCCCGAGGAUGGGCUGGGAUCUUGGUGGACACGGGGUUGACGAUCAAGAAAGGGCUUUGGGGGGUAUUUGGCUAUUGAGAUUUUCUGAGCGAGCGGACAGUCAGACAGAAGGACAGUCGGUGAAUAGAUGGACCAUAGUCUAUGAAAGACAUGAGAGAUUGAGCGUAGAAGUUGACUUGAAGAACAGAGUCGAG